AAAAGUCACGUGACUGCUGCCAGCAUGUGACAGACUGGAUCAGUGCAUCAUCAUGGCCGAAGCACCACAGCCUGUCUACUGGCUUGGUAAUGACACCCUGAGGGUCUCUGCUGCCCUAUUUGCUGAGAACCGUAGACGACUGUGCAAAGAACUGAAAGCCAAGGAUGGAUUAGUGCCGCAGUCGGUGGUGGUGCUGCAGGGAGGAGAGCAGAGGCAGAGGUACUGCACGGACACAGACCUCCUUUUCAGGCAGGAGUCUUUCUUCCACUGGACGUUUGGAGUAACUGAACCUGACUGUUAUGGAGCCAUUGAUGUGGACUCAGGGAAAUCCAUCCUUUUUGUUCCCAAACUGCCUGAAAGCUACGCUACUUGGAUGGGAGAGAUUUUUCCUAAGGAGCACUUCAAGGAGAAGUAUGCCAUUGAUGAGGUGCAUUAUGCCUGUGAUAUUGCUGAUGUCCUGUCCAGCCUGAGACCAGCAGUGCUUCUAACACUGCGAGGACAGAACACAGAUAGCGGGAGCAUCUGCCGUGAAGCCUCCUUUGAAGGAAUUAGUCGCUUUCAAGUGAACAACACCCUUUUACACCCGGUCAUUGUGGAAUGCCGUCUCAUUAAGACUGAUAUGGAGCUGGAGGUCCUGCGCUACACCAACAGAAUUUCCAGUGAAGCCCACAAAAUGGUCAUGAAGCAUGUGAAGCCUGGACUAAAAGAAUAUGAAAUGGAGAGCCUUUUUCAGCACUACUGCUACACCAAAGGGGGGAUGCGCCACACCUCGUACACCUGUAUUUGUGGAACGGGCGAUAAUUCAUCUGUCCUCCACUAUGGCCAUGCUGGAGCUCCUAAUGACAAGACAAUUACAGAUGGAGACAUGUGUCUGUUUGACAUGGGUGGAGAGUACUACUGCUACUCAUCCGACAUCACCUGCUCCUUCCCAGCCAAUGGCAAGUUCACUCAAGACCAGAAAGCGAUCUACAAGGCCGUCCUCAGGUCCUCCCGAGCUGUCAUGGCCGCCAUCAAACCAGGUGUGAAGUGGACUGACAUGCACCGCCUGGCUGACCGGGUUCACCUGGAAGAGCUGAUAAAGAUCGGCAUCUUGAAUGGCAGUGUGGAGGACAUGUUGAAGGUCCACCUGGGCUCUGUGUUCAUGCCCCACGGCCUGGGACACCUGCUGGGCAUUGAUGUGCAUGAUGUGGGAGGCUACCCUGAGGGGGCUGAGCGUAUCGAUGAGCCUGGACUGAGGAGUCUUCGGAUGGGCCGCCUGGUGCAGGAGAGGAUGGUCCUCACUGUGGAGCCUGGCAUAUACUUCAUCAACCACCUGCUGGACCAGGCCCUGGCCAACCCUGUCCAGAGCUGCUUCAUCAACAAUCAAGUGCUGGCUCGCUUCCGUGGAUUUGGAGGGGUUCGCAUUGAAGAUGACAUCACAGUGACAGCAGAUGGUGUGGAGCUGCUAACCUGCGUCCCUCGUACAGUGGAGGAGAUUGAAGCGUUCAUGGCUGAUUCAGCAAAAGCCUUUAGCCCUGUUGUCAGCAGUGAGAAACACUGAAUGAUAGCUCUCUGUAAAGUCUGAGUUGUACACUUCUGUGUCACUUAUCAUGGAAAAACAUCAAAGAAUAUUUUUCAGUAAAAGAAAUUAUUACUCUUUCUCAUA